UGGGCGUGUGGAGAGCAAGGGGGGGACCAUGGACUUCAUCAGCAUUCAGCAGUUGGUAAGUGGAGAAAGAGCUGAUAGGAAAGUGUUGGAGUUUGGACAUAGUGUUCCCGAUCCUGGAGGCUGGCCUAGGGACUGGAGGCUGGGACCCCAAGAGGCCGUGGCCCGGGAGAAACUGAAGUUGGAGGAAGAGAAGAAAAAGAAACUGGAAAGAUUUAACAGCUCCAGACUGACUCUGGACAAUAUGAAAGACUUGGAAAACUUGCUUCAAAGACGAAGAGAAAAGCGACUGAGACACAAAGUCCCCCCCAGGGAACCUGAGCCUGUGGUUGAGCCGCAGCCCCAGGUCCCACUUGAGCCAGUGGACCUGGACACGUUCCUGAAGGCAGCUGCCGAGAACCAGGAAGCCCUGAUUGACAAGUACCUGACAGAUGGAGGGGACCCCAAUGCCCGUGACAAGCUCCACCGCACAGCCUUGCACUGGGCCUGUCUCAAGGGCCACAGACAGCUGGUGAACAAGCUGCUGGCGGCAGGAGCUGCUAUAGAGGCACGGGACUUGCUGGACAGGACGCCUGUAUUCUGGGCCUGCCGUGGAGGACACCUGGACAUUCUCAAGCUGCUGCUUAACCAGGGAGCUCAGGUCAAUGCACAAGACAAGAUCUGGAGCACCCCUCUCCAUGUAGCAGUGCGCACGGGCCACACUGACUGCCUGGAGCACCUCAUUGAGUGUGGCGCCCACAUCAAUGCACAGGAUAAGGAAGGGGACACAGCACUCCAUGAGGCUGUGCGCUAUGGGCACCACAAAGCUACGAAGCUGCUGCUGCUCUAUGGAGCCAAGUUGGGCAUGAAGAAUGUGGCCUCCCUGACACCAGUGCAGCUGGCACGAGACUGGCAGCGAGGUAUCCGGGAAGCACUGCAGGCCCAUGUGGGGCACCCCCGUACCCGGUGCUGAUGACUUUGACCUGUGGGUCACUCCUAACUACCAUUCCACACCCGCUUUCCCACCACCUCUGAGUGGUUCUCCGCUCCAGUCCUGAUUCCUCGCUGGCUUUGCUUUGCCUGAGGCAACAGGUAGAACAGGCCCCCUGGGUUUCAGUGAGGGAGACUGUGUUCCCUGUCACGGCUGGAGCAGAACCAGAAGCAAAAAGUGGGUCCAGACAAGGGCCAAGGCCAGAGCAGGAAGUGAACAGACCGGCACUACCCACAGCUGGAUCUAGGCCUCUAGUCUACCAAUCCUUAGAUCAGGAGACUGGCCUUGGCCUGUUCUGUAGAGAUUCUAUGUGGCCAGCAGCUGCAGGGUACGAGAGAAGAAACCGGCUACCUAAGUGCCAGGCAUUGGUGCAGCUCACAGUCCUUUAGGUGGAGUCUCUCCAGGGACUCCACUCCUAUCAGCAGCAACCCUGAGAGCAUGUGGAGUAGUUCUAGGCACCUCUCGUCUUCAGACUCUGGGGGUGGUCCUGGCAGGCUGAGGGGCAUGACAACAGGAUCGCGGCCCCUCAGAUGUCAGUACCUACCAGGUUGCCCCAGAAGCUGGAGACUGGUGGACUGGAACUAGUGUGUACUCUGGGAAAGCUCCACCUAAAGGGCAGCUCUGCUUGUCUUAUGUGAGGGUAGGGUGCCAGGUGCUGGGGAUUGCUUGUGGCCCACUCAACUUUUGGGGCGGCGGCCCGCAGCCCUAGCUUACCUGAGGCUCUGCUGCCCCCUGGUACUGGGGAAAGCACCUGGACUAAGCUCUGUGCCCUGCACACUGAGUCAAGCACCUUGCUGUGGGACAGUCACAGACCCACGCCAACUGGUAGUGUAAUGAGGACUUCACACAGGCACACACUCCUUCCCCUUCCAGCUGUUUCCAGUUCACUGGUGCAGACUUGUACUACUGGCAGGGCUGGCCCCUAAUAUGCCAGAAAGCUGAUGCUGGGCCCUCCACUGAGGCCACAGACUGAACAAAGGGCUAAAAGGUGAAGGCUUUGCCUCCGUCACACAGCUCUGAGCUGACGUUCAUUUUGGCAGCCUCUCUGCCCGUUAAUAUGUGAAAGACUAGUGCUCCCUCCUAAAGGCACAAACCUUUCUGUGGGCAGGCCCUGCCCUGUUGUGACACAGUGGGCACCUAGACAACCUGUGCCAUGGGCAAGACAGACAUUCAAGACUACUCAAUAUGACGACCCCUCAGAAAUGAGGACACUUACAUGACACACAAAGCCACCUUUUAUACAGGACACUGUUUUCUCAUUAAACUGACUAUCCACCGCA